UUGCAGAAAAAAGGAUUCAACGAUUUAGAGACAAGCUUUAAUUCGUAGUCGAGUUUCAUUGUCAUUCCAAAUUGGCUCUCGGGCUCUGCAUCAUACCGUUCUGAGCUCUCUGUCAAGAAGAAGAAGAAGACAGCGACUUGAAUUCGAGGUUUCUCUGGCCAAUUUCAGUUUUUUCUCCAAAAGCCGGAAAUCAAAACUAUCGGUCCCGCCUAUGCUCUGCCCGUGGAUGUCAUCAACAGGAUCUUCUUUGGCAAAUGAUUUCGCCUCUACGUAUCGGUCUGGAUCCGAUGCGUUGGAUCUAGACAAGGCAGGGCACUGGGGAGAUAGACCAGAGACCGUCAUUUUCACAACGAAGACCGAUUUCCAGGGCUCUUCUGCGGAUCCGCUUGCAGGAAUCGAAGCCGAACUCUUUUCGCGUUUCGAAGAUCAGGAUCCACAGCAAACGUCAUCGGAUGGUUGCAAACCGGUUCCAUGUCUGAGCUGGGACGAGUGGGACUCUGUGAGGGACUCGCUGUUCUCGUCUUCUUCUGAUAGAAUUGCUUCUGCUUUAGAAAGGAUGGGAGCGCUCGUAGCCGACAAGCAUGUUCGUUACAUUCUGAUGGCAGAAAAGAAUAAGGAUGAUAGCUUUGAGUCUGUGGUGAUGGACCAUCUGAGAAUGAAUGGUGCAUAUUGGGGACUGACCACUCUAGACUUACUCGGAAAGCUAGAUUCUGUUUCUCAAGACGAAGUUGUAUCGUGGGUCAUGGAGUGCCAGCAUGAGUCCGGUGGGUUUGCUGGUAAUACUGGACAUGAUCCACAUAUUUUAUAUACACUUAGUGCUGUUCAAAUCCUGGCCCUCUUUGACAAGCUAGAUAUACUUGAUGUUGAGAAAGUAUCAAGCUAUGUUACUGGAUUGCAGAACGAAGAUGGCUCCUUUUCAGGAGAUAUGUGGGGUGAAGUUGAUACACGGUUCUCAUACAUAGCUAUAUGUUGUCUUGCCAUAUUGAAAUGCCUUGAUAAGAUCAAUGUGGAGAAGGCAGUUGAUUAUAUUGUGAGCUGCAAAAAUCUAGAUGGUGGUUUUGGGUGCACCCCUGGGGCAGAGUCGCAUGCAGGACAAAUUUUCUGUUGCCUGGGUGCUCUUGCCAUAACCGGGAAUCUUCAUCAUGUUGAUAAGGACCUACUCGGAUGGUGGCUAUGUGAACGGCAAGUCAAGUCUGGGGGUCUAAAUGGACGACCCGAGAAACUCCCUGAUGUUUGCUAUUCUUGGUGGGUGCUAUCGAGCUUGAUCAUGAUCGAUAGAGUUCACUGGAUCAACAAAGAAAAGCUUGUCAAGUUCAUCUUGGACUGCCAGGACAUGGAAAAUGGAGGCAUUUCAGACAGACCCGACGACGCAGUUGACGUCUUCCAUACAUACUUUGGAGUUGCGGGGCUUUCACUCCUUGAAUACCCGGGAAUCAAAACUAUCGAUCCCGCCUAUGCUCUGCCCGUCGAUGUCAUCAACAGAAUCUUCUUUGGCAAAUGAUUUCGCCUCGACGUAUCGGUCUGGAUCCGAUGCGUUUGACCUAGAUGUCCUGCCAGUGAGGCAGGGCACAGGGGAGAUAGACCAGAGACCAUCAUUUUGAAUGUUCUCUUCUCUUAGACUGUUCUUGUAGGAAGUUCUGAAUUUUCGUAUGCCCUUUCCUUUUGUGGAAGAGUGCAAAUUCGCAAUACGGUAAUAUUUGUCAAUGGAACAAAGGUAGCAUAUUUGUCUGUUACUUUGGAGAUGCUUUUAUCAAUAUAAUAUCUGAGAGACCUUCCUUCA